AUGUGGGAGUGUUUAGAAUGUAGCCCUGCCCGCGUUUGUCAGUCCCUCCGCUCCCAAAACAAGGAAAAGUAUUGAAACACAAAUACUUUCUUUAUCAGCACUUCUAAGUUUUAGCCUACUUAGUUUGCAACUCAAACUAAUACCGCGUGCACACGGAGUCAGUCACUACCGGGGCGUUGGAUUAUUGCUUUUCAUAACUGCAUAUCAUACAAUAUGUCAAAUAUGGGGAACUUUAUCGUAACCGAUUAAUCAAAAUCAACUUGAUUAAUACAGUCGAGUGAUCAAAAGGCACGUCAGUCGUGGUUUGUGUACAUUAUUGACAACAAAAAGACCGGUUAUUGUCGUUGAUCGGUCAGAGUGUGAGAAUGGGGCAUCCUCCACUAGAGUUCACCGACUGCUACUCCGACAGUCCAGAUUUCAGAGAAAGAUUGAAAUGCUACGAAAACGAGCUGGAAAAAACCAACAAGUUCCUAAAGGAUGUCAUCAAGGACGGGAACAGUGUGAUCAACACGAUUAAAGAAUACUCGCUAGCAGUGCAGAAGUUCUCUCAGACCCUUCAGUCAUUCCAGUUUGAUUUCAUUGGUGACCAUCUGACUGAUGAUGAAAUGAACAUCGCUGAGUCAUUUCGUGAGUUUGCUGGUUUGCUGCAGGAUGUGGAAGAGGGCCGAAUGAUGCUGGUCCAGAAUGCUUGUGACUUGCUUAUAAAACCUUUGGAAAAGUUUAGAAAAGAUCAGAUUGGAGUCACAAAAGAGAGACGAAAGAAGUUCGAGAAGGAGAGUGAGAAGUAUUACUCUCAGUUGGACAAACAUGUGAACCUGUCCUCAAAAAAAAAAGAGACACAGCUACAGGAGGCCGAUGAACAGUUGGAUAAGGAGCGUCAGACAUUUUACGAGUCAUCUGUUGAAUAUGUUUACCAGAUUCAGCAGGUUCAGUACAGGAAGAAGUUUGACGUUGUGGAGCCAGUUUUAGCCUUUCUGCAGAGCAUCCUAACUCUGAAUAAUCUCACUGUGGAGAUGACUCAGGACUUCCUUCCAUAUAAACAGGAGCUUCAGCUCAGUCUACAGAAUACCCGUAACCACUUUGAGAGCACCAGAGAGGAGAUGGAAGAGCUAAUGAAGAGAAUGAAGGGGUCGGCAAAGAUCUGUAUGAGACACGGCCAGGCGACUAUGGAGGGAUACCUCUAUGUGCAGGAGAAAUGGGCUCUUGGUGUAACCUGGGUAAAGUAUUACUGUAAAUACUUCAAGGACAACAAGUUAUUCAUCAUGGUGCCAGUGGAGCAAAAGACAGGAACCAAACAGACCACAGCUCAGCUCACACUGAAGUCCUGUGUACGCCGUAAAACAGACUCCACCGACAAACGCUUCUGCUUUGACAUCGAGACAACUGAAAGGUGCAGCCCUGUCCUGCUACAGGCUAUUUCUGAGGUCAACAGGAAGCAGUGGAUGGAGGCCAUGGAUGGCAAAGAACCAAUUUAUCAUUCACCCAUUCAAAAGCAGGCAGAGAUGGACCUGAAUGACCUCGGCUUCAAGUUCGUCAGAAAAUGCAUCAACUUUGUGGAAACAAAAGGGCUGACUCAGGAAGGGGUCUACAGGACUGUGGGCAGCAAUAUUCAAGUACAAAAACUUCUGAAUGCCUUCUUUGACCCAAAUUGUCCAGCUGAUGUAGAUUUCAAUUCCACUGACAUGGACAUUAAGACCAUCACUAGUGCUUUGAAAUUCUAUCUGCGGAGUCUGAGUGAACCUCUGAUGACCUACAGCCUGCAUGGAGAAUUAAUCUUAGCUGCAAAGUCGGAGAAUCUGGACUAUCGGUUAGGGGCGGUUCACUCGCUUGUUUACAAACUCCCAGAGCGUAACAGAGAUAUGCUGGAACUGCUAAUCAAACACCUGGUCAGUGUUUGCAGCCACAGCAGUGAAAAUCUGAUGACUGUGUCAAAUAUGGGUGUAAUAUUUGGCCCCACUCUCAUGAGAGCUGAGGAGGAGACAGUGGCGGCCAUGUUGGAUAUUAAGUUCCAGAACAUCGUCAUGGAAAUCCUUAUUGAGGACUACAGCAAGAUCUUCAAGGGUCCUCCUGAAGAAACCAUACCACCUCCUAUCCCACCUCCAAGGGUGACUCCACGAAGACGGCAGCCAAUCACGAUCUCAAAACGUCCACCUCGUCUCUACCCCGGCCUUCAGCCUCCAGUUUUUGAGCGGCGAGAGCAAAACGGCGCCACCCAUAAUGACGGCGAACCUGAGGGAGACAGUGGCCUCACCAGUCCGGUUCCUCAUCAAAGAACAAAACUGGCACCUCCUUCCAUCUCUCCUCCAUCCAUCCCACUCUCCUCUCCGACUUCUCGGAAGCCUGUUAACCCCAGACCUGCUCUCCGGUCCUUGGAUGAUGUUAGGAUACAGGAUGGUCAGAGAUCAGAUGCCAUGGUGGCAACCAAUGGGGAAUCAGGAGUGACAGUGAACCGAGCCCAGUCUUUCCAAGGAAGCAGGCCACAACUCAAAAGAGCAACCGGUAAACAAGAAAUUCAGAUGACCAGUCUAUCCACCAUCCUGUGUGACAUGAAUGAAGGAGAGGCUCAGGGGCUGAAAGGACGAUCUUUCUCAGAGAAGAGUUCCAUCUGCCGGCCACCCACUCGACCACCAGAUCCGCCCUCCCGUAUCCCUAAUAAAACUCAAAACGAAGACACUCCAGCAUCAUAUGUCGCCUCCAAAACCAGAUUUUUUGAGAACGCUUCCAGGCAGAUGGGGAGCUCCUCUCCAAAUGCCUCAACUACAGCUUCUAAAGAUGAGAACACUAAAUAGGAACUUCCUUCCAGUCACUGCCACAACUUGUGAAUCAUUUUCUUGUGGACCAUUUAACACACGUCAGCCAUAAAGAGACUGUGUGUGUUAAUGUAUGGCACAGGCUGGAGUCUGGACGUGGUUUUGAUAGAUAAAUUAUUUAUGUUACUGACAGAGCAUAAUGGGGCUCCCCACGACCCCUGUUUUUUUUUUUUUGCACAGGGUACUGUUUUUUUGUGCUUCGCUGACGAUGUUUGCACUUGCUUACUUUGUUGUAAAACUAAGUCUUUGAUUCUUGCUUGGAUCAAAGAACAAAAAGAAAGCAAUUAAUAUUUUUUUUUUCUUAAACAUUUUGGCCUUCCUGCACACAAUAGGGAGAACUCCCUCCCGUUCUCUUGCUCAUUGUGUCUCUCAGUAUCUCCCCUUCUCACUGACCUACUUUAAAGAAGCCGACAAGACUUAGGGUUUCACUCUACAGACACACUACAGACUUCACUUUAAGACUGAUAGAAGGUGGUGCACCCCAGACAUAUUAUAUAAUAUUCAGAAUCAACACUAAUUUAAUUAAGUAGAAGCUGAACAUGUAUCUAAUAAUUAUCUGUUAUUACUCAGUAAUUAGUUACUGGAAAGAGAUGAAUGACCUGGGUUCUGGUUUUAAAUGUUUCUGACAAACAGAGCAGUUACUGUAAUUCCAAACGGCUUCUCCUUUCAUCUGUUAUGACAUGUUUAUGGUGUUCCUACAGCAAAGGGGUUGCUACAUCAGUUUCUUUUGGUCAGUGUGAAGCUUCAGUGUGAAAGCUAUAGAUUUUAAGUCUCAUCCUCACUCUCACACAAUUGUACAUUUCUAUUUCCACAUUUACUGUACAUGUCGGUAUGUUUUUGGUACUUCAAAAAGGUUGAAAUUUUAGGUCACUUCAGGUAGAUUUGUCAUGAGCUCAGUUUCAGAUUUGAAGCAGAUUGAGGCACAUUCCUAUCAUUGUUAUUUUUAUUAUAAAGCUUCAAAUUUCCAGUUGACAUUUUAUGUAGUUUUUGUAAAUAUUUGAUUGCUGUUCAGGUUCUCAAUUUCUAACUCUUUGGUAACAGUCACUAAACCCUGUUUGUUUUUUUGUUUAAAUGUACUGCUUUAAGAAAAUGCAACUUUAUAAAAAAAAGUGAAGAA